AUGUUGUCAUAUCUUCAAUCAUUUCUUCCAGCAUCCAAUGGUGGUAAACUUCCAUAUUGGUUAUUAUUCAUCUCUGUAGUUUCAGCAUUCAAUUCUGUUCAAACAUAUCAAGAUAUUUCCCUUACUAAAAGAGUUUAUGAAAAAGAUCCUAAUCAAGUAUCACCAUUAUCAGCUAGAACUUUUGGUACAUGGACUUUAAUUACUGCUAUUGUUAGAUUUUAUGGUGCUUAUCAUUUAAAUGUCCCACAAGUUUAUCAAUUGACUCAAUUUACUUUUGUCAUUGCUGCUUGGCACUUUUUAAGUGAAUGGUUAUAUUUCGGUACUUGUAAAUUAGGUAAAGGUUUAAGUGGUCCAUUGAUUGUUAGUUCCAGUAGUUUGAUCUGGAUGUAUUUACAAAAAGAUUUCUACCUCCAUUAG